AUGAUUCAACAAAAGAAACUGAAAAUCGCAGUCAUUCCUGGAGAUGGAAUCGGCACAGAAGUGAUGCCCUAUGGCGUACGAUGUCUCCAAGCAGCCGCAAAAGUUUUUGCGUUUGAACUUGAGUUCGAGGAAUUCGACUUCGCAAGCUGUGAAUAUUACAAGAAACAUGGUGACAUGCUUCCAAAGGACUGGAAUGCCACAUUAUCAAAAUUUGAUGCAAUCUACUUCGGCGCAGUAGGUAUGCCCGACCAAGUGCCCGACCACGUUAGUCUGUGGGGCAGCCUCUUGAAGUUUCGCCGCGAGUUUGAUCAAUAUAUCAACUUGCGGCCUGCACGGUUAAUGCCGGGAGUGCGCUGUCCGCUUGCAGGGCGGAAUCCCGGAGAUAUCGAUUUCUGGAUCGUGCGAGAGAACACCGAGGGAGAAUACAGUAGUAUUGGGGGCAAGAUCUUUGAGGGCACAGACAGAGAGACAGUCAUUCAAGAGACAGUAAUGACCAGAACUGGAGUCGACAGAGUGUUGAAGUACGCCUUUGAAUUGGCCCAGAGCCGGCCGAAGAAACAUCUGACGAGCGCAACCAAGAGUAACGGCAUAAGCAUUACAAUGCCUUAUUGGGACACCAGAGUUGAGAACAUGGCCAAAUCAUAUCCGGAAGUGAGGGUCGACAAAUACCACAUCGACAUCUUGACGGCACACUUUGUCCAAAGGCCCCAAAUCUUUGAUGUGAUAGUUGGCAGCAAUCUCUUUGGAGACAUCCUUUCAGACCUUGGUCCAGCUUGCACGGGGACAAUAGGCAUAGCCCCUUCGGGAAACAUUAACCCAACUGGUGAAUUCCCAAGCUUAUUCGAGCCGGUACAUGGGAGCGCGCCUGACAUCGCUGGAAAGGGGAUCGCCAAUCCUGUUGGGAUGAUCUGGGCCGGUCAGAUGAUGCUGGAACACUUUGGAUUUAAGGAGGCUGCGGCGGCGAUGCUGAAGGCGGUCGAAAACGUGCUCGCUCGAGCAGAAGAAGAUGUCAUUACGGCGGAUAUGGGAGGAAAGGGAAAUACAAAGACCUUUGGAGAGGCGAUUGAAAAGGAAAUUUUGGCUGCGGUGUAA